AUAUUCCAAUGACAAACAACGACAACAAACUGAAUUUUUGCUCUAUGCUAUCGGCACAUCGAUAUAAAAUUUGUUGUAGAUUUAUUUUAUUUCAAUAUAUUAAAAAUCAAAUACGUAUCUUUUAUUGUAUAGGCAUAACAAUUUGAUAAAACGAAAAAAGAUGACGACCAUUCGGCCUUUUACCUGUGAAGAUAUGUUGAAAUUUAAUAAUGUAAACUUGGAUCCCUUGACUGAGACUUAUGGCCUAUCUUUUUAUACUCAGUACUUAGCUCAUUGGCCAGAAUAUUUUCAAGUAGCCGAGUCCCCCAGUGGAGAAAUUAUGGGAUAUAUAAUGGGUAAAGCUGAAGGGCAUGGUGAAAACUGGCAUGGUCAUGUGACAGCAUUAACAGUUAGUCCCGAUUACAGAAGAUUAGGUCUUGCUGCCACAUUGAUGAAAAUACUGGAAGAUGUAUCAGAAAAGAAGAAAGCUUUCUUUGUUGAUCUGUUUGUAAGAGUUAGCAACAAGGUUGCAAUCAAUAUGUACAAGAAUUUGGGAUACAUCGUCUAUAGGAUAGUUCUAGAAUAUUACUCUGGUGAUCCAGAUGAAGAUGCUUAUGAUAUGAGGAAAGCAUGUUCGAGAGAUGUGAACAAAAAUUCAGUGAUACCUUUAGCACAUCCUGUAAGGCCAGAAGAUGUGGACUAAAUAAAAUAUUGACAAGACCACUGGUGUGUUAGGAAAUAAAGUGAUUAAUUAAAAACAAUUUUAUUUAA